AUGCGCCCAGCGCUAUAUGCGCAUACUUCGACACAGAUCCGCGCGUUUAGUCUCGCUCGUAUUGCUCUCGAGCCGGUACGAAAGGCUACACCCCCUCCGCCUCCUCCGCCUGCUGCAAAGGGCAAGACAGGCGCAGCUGCUAUCAAGUAUGCUACCAAGUCUACCUCUACAGGCAAGACCGCAGCUCCUGCGAAGAAAGCUUCGAGUGCGACCACCAAGACUACUUCUGCUUCUGCUUCUGCAGCGCCUGCUUCUGCUAAGAGAGUUCGGCUAACCGAGAAGGAGCGAGCAGCUAGGGACAGGGGCAGGGAGAGAGAGAAGAUAGCCAAGCAAAAGGAAAGGGAAAGGGAGCGCGAGAAAGCUCGCAAAGCCAAGGAGCGUGAAAAGGAACACGAGAAGAAAGAAAAGGCCAAGGCACGCGAGCUGGCUAAGAAGGAGAAGGAGAAAGCCAAGGCCGAAAUGGCCAAGGCAAUCAAGAAACCAUAUCCCCCACCACCCAGAGCACCCGCCACCGCCUACCUACUGUUCACAUCCGAUCGGACUGUUGAUCGGGACAGAGGUGAAGGGGUUACGGAGGAUGCCAUCAAGGCAUCCCAGGCCUGGAAACAUCUUUCUGAUGCCCAACGUGACGUUUAUACCAAGAAAGCCGAACAAGCCCGCGCCGCCUGGAAGGAAGACGUCGCGAAAUGGGUUUCUACACUCAACUUGGCUCAACUCCACGCUGCUCGUGCUAACCGCGAGCCAGGAACCCGCGAUGAUGCUGCGCUGAAUGUCUUGCCUAAACGUCCGGGCAAUGGAUAUGCGCUCUUCUUGUCGGAUGUAACCAGUCGUCAGGACUUCCGCGACAAGGUUGAUGCCCUUGUCAAAAAGGAACAUCCCAAGGAUGAAAAGGAUCUUGUCCAGAAGAGGAUCAGUUUGUAUGGACGCACUUCGGCAGACAUUUGGAGGUCAAUGAGCGACAAGGAGAAGGCCGUAUACUCGAACAAAGCCACGGAGGCCAAGGCCCAAUGGGAUAAGAAAUUUGGACAUCUUAUUGCAGAGCAAAAGGAAGAGAUCGCUGCAGCUCAUCAGUGA